GUGAUUAAAAAAAAGUUCUGCGUAUGCCUGGUCCAGACAUUUACAGACUUUUAAAACAGUAAUAAACUGAUCGAUUUUCUUCAGAAAAUAAUAGAUGUGUCCCAGCAUGCAAAGAAUUACGAAUCAAAUACCGUUCAUACUUUCACCAUUUAGAUUUUUUUAAGAAAUUUAGAACUUAAUCUUUCACGGAAUCUUUUUGGUCUUUUUCGGAGUAACGAACCAAUGAUCUCUAAAUGCGCAGGUAUCCUUCUGUUGAUCAACAGCAUGCGGCAGCUGUUCAAAUCGUAAAAUUAUUUCCACAACUUAGUAAUACGCGAGUCACACCAACUGCUCCUGAUGAGUCAUUUUUCUUUUGGCGCAACGGAGGCAAGGAAAAGGGUGCUCAUACUGGCAUGAUAUUUCAUCGCAUCCGGAAUGUCAUCAAACAGCUACCUGCAGAAAAACAUAAAUAUAAUCGAGGAACUAUGCCUGUAGAAGAGUCCGUUUCAACUGAACUUGUAGAGCGGGCUCAAUUGCUCCGAGUAAUGCUUGCAUCGGCAUCAGUAGCAGAACAUAUUUGUGAUGAAAUGGACCGAUGCUUUCCAGUCCUCAAACUGUUAUUAAAAGAAAAGAAACCCGUUAAUGAUAUCUUGGAUAUGUUUCCACACCUGUGUUCAUAUGAAGGAUUGGUGAUUCGUCAAAUGUUUGAGAGAUUGUAUCCUAACAGAACAGAAGGUCUCAAAAUCGAGGAUGUCUUCUCUCAGUGUCUAUCUUAUUCACCGUCCAGAUUCUCUAGAGUAGAAGAUGAUCACAUUCGAGGAUGCUUGAGAAUAAUUUCUCAUAUGCCAAUUCGCGGACAAAAAAGAACGCUGGUAGGCUGUCCAACUGUAGGCGAAGAACAUUCGGCUUCAAUUUUAAUUCGUUGGAUUGGGGAGUGCUUAGAUACAUACGUGGCAUCCCCCGCAACUGAUUCCAAACUACACAUGGUGUGCGUAGCAAGCCCGAUGAAAAGAGGAAAUUAUGCCGUCAUUUGUGAGAAAAAAGUUAUAUUCGAGACUAACAAUUCUAUUCAUGCAGUGGAAAUUUUAUUCAAAUGCCACGCAGUUCUCGGAGUGGAGGUGCCACCUAAUUUUAGAAUGUUUUGGGACUUUCUGGCAUGUGCCAUAUAUAAUAUAAUUCCGCACAGUCAGAGGACAACUGUGAAUAGACUCGUCCAAACUUUUAUUGAAGUUUCCCGCGCACGUAUUGACAACAAAUAAAAGGACAACUUUUUUAUACAAUACUUACUAAAAACCAUAAAAUUUAAUAAACAGAAGUUUCUUUAAUUAUUAUUGUAAAAAUAUUCCAUAAGAAAAGAAAGACUGCAUUGUGUUGUAUCCAAAACAAAAUUUUGACGGCCAAUUUCUUCACUGGAUGUAAACCGGUUUAGUUCCAGUUCAAAUGCAA